CCCCCUAAGCCCCACCCCCCUAAGCAGCUGAAUCUUCAGUCUUUUAUUCGUCUUCAUCCAAACAAGAUGGAAAAGUUAUUUUUGUUGCUUCUUCUCUGUCUCGGUUCAUCAGCAGUGAAACACUCCCUCAAGUAUGUUCUCACUGUGUCUUCUGGAGUCACAAACCUCCCACCGGUUGUGAUUGUUGGACUGGUUGAUGAUAUUCAGAUAGGUUACUGCGACAGCGACAAAAAGUUGUUUGAACCACGAGACUGGAUGAAACAUUAUUUAGAUACCGACCCUCAGCAGCUGGCGUAUUACAAAGCAGAGUGCCAUGAGAUUCUGCCGAACGUCUGCAAAGCCAGGAUGUCCAAUGUGAAGCAGCGCCUCAACCAAAGUGAUGGUGUCCACAUUUUACAGAGGAUGAGUGGCUGUGAAUGGGACGAUGAGACUGGAGAAGUUGUUGGUUUUUGGCAGUAUGGUUAUGAUGGAGAAGAUUUCAUAUCAUUGGACAUGAACACACUGACAUGGAUCGCUCCGAAGCCACUGGCUGUCGUCACCAAACUGACAUGGGAUGCUGACAAAGCGAGAAUAAAUUACAAUAAGAACUUUUUAACUCAGAUGUGUCCUGAAUGGCUGAAGAAGUAUUUGGACUAUGGGAGGAGCUCUCUGCAGAGAACAGAGCUUCCCUCAGUGUCUCUCCUCCAGAAGACUCCCUCCUCUCCAGUCAGCUGCCACGCUACAGGUUUCUACCCUCACAGAGCUGUGAUGUUCUGGAGGAAAGAUGGGGAGGAUCUUCAUGAGGACGUGGACCAAGGAGAGAUCCUCCCCAACCAUGAUGAAACCUUCCAGAUGAGAGUUGACCUGGACAUUUCAUCAGUCACACCUGAAGACUGGAGGAGGUACGACUGUGUGUUUCAUCUCUCUGGAGUGAAGGAGGACGUCGUCACCAAACUGGACAAAGCAGAGAUCAGGACCAAUGAAGCAGAGAAGCCCAGUAGCAUGACCACACCCAUCAUCACUGCAGUGGUUGUUCUCACUCUCGUCCUCAUUGCUGUCACUGGAUUCAUGGUUUACAAAAAGAAGAAAGCCAAACACCCUCCAUCUCCUCCUGACAGCGACUCUGAGCUCUCUGAGAACCUGAAUCCAGAAACCUGACAAACACUCAGUCAGUGAGCUCACAUGAGGGAAAAGUCAACACUUUAACUUGUGUCACUUUAUAUAGCUGGAACUUUAUUUGUAAUUACUGACUGACAAACAUUCAAAAUAUCACAUUAUACAGCUACAAGAGCUGAAAUGUUUUUUUUUCCUGUAGCAACAGUUCAGCAGCUUUAUGAGAAGAAAAAUGAGAUUAGGAGAAGAAAGUACGCAUGAUUGCCAUUCAGGGUUUCAUUUAGGCAAAUAUGCAAAUGAUAGUUUGUGGAUUUAUUUUGUUGAUUUAUUUUAAAUAUGUUUUAAAAAUGUGUAUUAUUUUUCAUGAUGCUUUUAUUUCUCUUUCUUAAUCAUUCAUUUCACAUUGACGCAUUCAGUUUUGAAUAUUUUAUGAUUUUAGAAUAAUGAUCAUAUGAUAAUAAUAAUGAAUUAAAUGUUUCUGUAAACAUGUUUAUUUUGGUAAGACACGCCAUGGGACAUCAUUUAUGAGAAGUUUAUCAUAGCAGAGUGGCUGGUAACUGGUGGAAUCAGAUAAACAUUGAUGGUCCUCGGACUGAUAAGUGGGACGUGGCGUUCACAUGAAGUUAUCUAUUAACCAGCUGGACCAGCCUUUGUGGUUUAGUCUAACAGAUAAUAAGGCCAAGGCAGGGACAGCAGAGUAUCUGCUCUUUGACUGAAUCACAGAAGGUUUUAAAAGCAGCUUAAUGAUUCAUGACAACACAGACUGACACCCACUGCAGCGUCUCAUGAUAGAUCAAAGAUCAUUUAACUGGAGAACUGGUCAUCUACAGGAUCCAGAAAAUUGUUCUGACUUUUUGGUUUUUCUUUUUUUUCAAUAAAGUUUCCAAUUUUCAAAA